AUGUCAUUCCUCCCACGCUCAUCAUUACAAUGUCUAAUACACAGACGAGGAAUCACUACAACAGCAAGACUAUGCAAUAUUAAUAACAGUAACAACAGCAAUAGUACAUUUAUAUCGAGAUCAUCAACAACCGCAGAAUCGAAAUCAAAUCAAUCAAGUAACAGAUUCCAAAAUCAGUUCAACAAUAGUGGCAACAGCAGCCAUCAGCAUCAACCUCAACACCGCAAUCGCCAGUCACCAAGACUAUCACAUCAUCAUCAUCAUCAUAAAGGACACCGUGACGGAUUUUCCAAAUCACGCCAUAAGAAUACUAAUGAUGAUGCAUCCAAGCAAUUCAAUUUGCAAAAAAUUCUCGACACAGGAUCUGAAUCAGCCCAAAAUGCAUUAAAAUCAAUCCUAUCGCGAAUUCACAAUUUGCAACCCUUGAAACAACAAGUCCAAUAUGUAUCACCGACACAGGGAUUGAUUACAUGUUCGAUUCAACAAGUUCUUGAAGGUUUAGAUUUGAGUAGUCAGGGUCUCCAAUUAAUUGAAAAAGAGGUUAGUAGCAAUAACAGCAACAGCAACGCAAACGCAACGGCACCCUCAUCUCCCACGAUUGUUCCUUUGGUCAAGAGAAUCAAAAUUCAAGAGAUGCUUAAAUCAUACAACGAUGAACUAGCCGAAGCCAAAGAAUUAGAAUUGUUAAAUAUGGGUUCCAAAAAGACAAUUAGGGCGCUUGACAAUAAAUUACGAGCCAAACAGAAGAAAUCGAGUGAAAAACAAAUUAUGAUCAAAUGGUCAAUCAAUAUCAAUGAUUUACAAAAUCAAAAGCAAUUAGAAAUUGAAAAUAGAUUAAAGAAGGAAAAAACCAAAAUUGUCAUUUAUUUAAUCCAUAAUAAACACUCACCCAAUUUGAAAAUUGCCGACUUGUAUCGAAAUGCCAUGAAACACGAUGCUAGUGAUGAUAUUGAUGAAGUGUUGGAUAUCGAAUUAAAGAAAAGAACGAGGGUGAAACAAACUUUGGAUGAUAUUCUCAAUUCCUUGGAUUGUAAAUGGACAAGCGAAGGUGAUGUUGAAAGUAAAGUGGUUUACACCAUCAUGCCAAGCGCAGCCACUGUUGGUACUGCUGAUGGAGACAAGGUGAAACUAAAUUCAAAUUCAAUAGAUCAACAACAAUCACCCAACAAGAAUAAAAAGAAGCAAAAAGCCAAGGGAAGUAAUGAGAAACAGGUUUUGCAAAAGACAAAACUGAAAGUUGAUCAAGAACAAGAUCUCGAUGCGUUAUAUCUGUUUAAAAUCGAGGAUUGA